AUGAAAUAUCAUUGUGUAGAAUAUUAUUCUGAAGAAACAAAUAUUAAAAAUACAAGAAAUGUUUGUUGCGUUAGACGAAAAUAUUUAAAUUUGUUAUCAAUUUCUGGAAUUUUAUUAUUAUUAGUAGUACUAAACAAUAUAAUAAUAUGUGAGAAAGGUGAAACAAUAGAUGGAGGAAAUUAUCAUAUAAAUAGAAGAAAUUUAUCUGAGGUAAAAACUGAAAUGAAUACAGGAUUAAGAAGUACCAGUUUAAAGAAUAAAGGAUUAAGAAAUAGCAGUGAAAAGAAUAUGUUAACAAAUAACAAAGAUGAAAAAAAUAAUAAUAUUCCUCUUAGUUCACAAUGUAAUAAUAUAAAUUAUAAUGAUAUAUCAAAACAAUUAACACUGGAAGAUUUACAUAAUGUAUUAGAUAAUUUAAAAGAACGUCCAUCUAAUGAAGAUCUUCAUAACAUAUGGACUCAUGCUUUGGGUAUAUCUAAAGAAGGAUUUCAAGAUAUGAUAAAAGAAUUAGCUCUUUAUAUAGAAGAUUAUUUACUUACAUACGAAUAUCAACGCUAUCAUCAUUUUUCUAAUAGCGAUAAACCUAUAUGUGUAAGAACUAAUUACCGUACAUGGAGAAAAUCAAUGAAUGAAAUUGGACUUGCUCUAUCAUCUACAGAUAAGGAACAUACACUUAAUUUUUAUAAUUUAGUUAAAGAUGGAGCAUCAAUUGAUGAAAUGAAAGAAUUUAUUUAUUUAUUUAUAAAGUAUUAUGAUACAUUAAAAAAUAAUUUAUUUAAAGAACAUAUGAACAUAUUUACAGAAAGGAUGAAUAAUCCCGUAAGAUUAAAUUAUUAA